AUGAAGUUUCUUGCUCUGUUUUACUUUGCAUUCAUAGCAAAGUUUUGUAGCGCUUGGUGCUGUUGUGGAAAGAGCAAGACCAAAGAUGACGAUAAUGGACCUUAUGGUGGAUCUACGGAGAAUCUGAGGAACACACAUAAACCAUCUGGGCAGUCUGUAGCUAGCCCACAAGUUAAAAGAGGCGUUGAACAAUCUACUAACGAAGCCUCUCCAGAAGUAACUCAGGAUGCUACCACCCGUCGAUCUACUCCUACUAGUGAGGAAUCUCGAGUUCCCCAGCUAACUGGACAACCUACUACUACUACUCCCAUUACUCUAGAUCUUGCAAAUCCGAAUAAGGCCGAUAUAAAUGUGAAUAUAAAGGAGGAGAAUGGAGUAUCUUUCAAGGGCUAUUCUCCGAAGAGGGCUUUCCACAUAUCCUCUGUUAUAGAUGGUGGAUCUUCUGUUUGGAAGGCUGAAGAAGGGGAAAGGUGCAAAUUUGUAGAAUCACAUGCAAAAGGAGACUCUUCUCUAAUUUCCAUAGGCAUAAGCAAAGGUAGUGACUCGGAAGCUAAAUUCUUUGAGAAAGUUGGUACUGUAUGGAAGAGUCUCACUAGGGAUGAUUUCUUGAAUAAGCUAAAUGAAAUGAGAAAGUCUGGAUCAUCUCCCAAUCCUUCUUCUUCGCAUCCUUCUACUCCAUCUCAAUCUUCUCAGUAG